AUGAAUGAGGCAACAGCAAGCAACCAAUACAAGCGUUGUAUUGUGACAACAUCAAGAUUGUUUGCGGUCAAUUUGUCUCCUAAGGGGAUGUACGAGAAAAAGAAUACAGAGCCACUUCAACCGUCAACUAAAUGUCAGUUGAACCAUAAUAUCGAUGCAUGCUUAGAUCUCUUACGUAAUCAACUCUUCGACAUACACAUAUGUUCAUUUUAUUAUCAAACCAUCGUGGUGGCAACCUGUUGGACAUUUCUUUCUACCAUCCGUCAAAAGAUGGUUAAAACUAGCCAUCGUGGCCGUUCCAAAGCACUCGGUAAAUUAUUCCAGUUGUAUCUACCGGCCAAAACUCAUCGAACAUAUUCAUGUCUGCAUUGUCGUGCUCAACUGGCUAAUCAUGAUGAAUUGAUAUCCAAAUCCUUUCAAGGAAGUCAAGGUCGAGCAUAUCUCUUCAAUUCUGUUGUUAAUGUAAAUACAAGUGCGGCUGAAGAACGAGUUCUUCUAACUGGCCUACAUGAAGUAGCUGAUAUUUAUUGUGAAUGUUGUAAAACUCUUCUUGGUUGGAAAUAUGAGCAUGCAUUUGAAUCCAGUCAGAAAUAUAAAGAAGGAAAGUAUAUUAUUGAACUUGUACAUAUGAUUAAAGAUAACGUCAUUUUGCUAUCUAAUUCAAUAAAACUUUUCAUAUUCGAAAACUGGCGACUGUUAACAAAACAAUUCUAUCUCAAUAUGAAGAGGCAAUCUCAACGUUAA